AUGCUGCGUGCUCAUUACUUCCUUGCACUCCUCGCCGUCCUCUUUCCUCUCCUCGUGGCAGGAACAGAGCAAAAUGGUGCCACUUUUCUGAUUGGUCCUGGUAAUGGAUGGAAGCCUGUAGAGGACAUCAGCGCCCCUCUUAUUAUAGAUAUUGCAAAGUUUGCAGUUUCCAAGUACGACCUUAGUAACAAGAAGGACUUGGUCUUUCAGAAUGUUACUAAAGGCGCCUACAAGGAGGUCCUAACAGGAACCCAGUAUCGGCUCGUCGUUACUGUUAGAGAUAAUUACUCAACUCUCAACCAGAGCCCAGUUUAUGUGGCUAAUGUCGUCCAUACACGUCGGAGUCCGGUUAACAAAUUGCUCUCUUUUGAACAAAUUUCAAACUAA